CAAGAAGAGAUCCAAGACAAUAUUAAUAUCCUGCCGGUUCACCGUCGUCAGUCGUCCUCAACCAGUGGCCGCGAUAGGAGGAGGUGACUGUGUUGUGUUAUUAUAGAUGUCGAUCUGUGUCAGCGAGUAUGAAGUUCUUGGGGCAAUGAGUAGUAGCUGGCAGUGAGAAGUGAGGUAUCCUUGACUCGUAUGCUUUCAUUUCGACUGCUAGUCAUGACUGCUAGCUUAUGUUUAUGCACCGUUCAACUUUACGCAGAAGCGGGACGACUCCCAGUGCUUCGAAGGACACCCACUAGGCAAAAUUUACCGACGAUCUCGCCACGCCCAGACGAGGGGAUGACCGUGGAGGAUGACUCAGCGUUACAGGAAAGUCAAGCUCGUUUGGAACUACGAAAUUCAGAGUCCCCAGUGGCGCUCGUGAUCGAUUUGGUGAAAAGAAAAAGACGAUCGGUCUUCGGACGAGAAUGCAGACAGGGAACCCGAGUGACUCACAGGCAGGAACGAACAGGGUCUUAUUCCAUCCGGCUGAAAGGCGAUCAUGCCCUCUACCUCACCUACAUCACGGCAACUUCCUCCUUUAGCGUCUCUCGACUCACUGGCAGUAAUAACGCAAGGUGCUUCCGGUUCCAUUACUUCACAUCGAGAAUUCUUUGCCAGUCCAGCGGUGAUCUCGUGAUGCUGGAGACGCAGGGGAGAAGGAACUUUUUCUCUCCUACUGUUGACAACGGGAUAACUGUGUCUAGCGGCCUCUCUGCGAGCAGUACGACACACAUAGAUUCCAGAUUCUUCCGAAUAUACAGAGAGCCAGGAGAGUUUCAUGACAGAAUCAAGCAUUUGGCGUCAGGUUCCUUCCUCUCGGCGACAGUAGAUAGAGUGGUGUUGGCCAACGCAACCUCAAACGUCUUCCCAGACGACAUGUUGUUCCAGAAGUUUCCCUGCACUUCUUGACCGCCGCAGGUUGCAAGAAUUCUCGCAAUUUUUAACUUCCAGUUGUGAUGUGUGGCUUUUAGUCUCUGACCGUGAGGUAACUUAGCAGCCAGAUGCGCUCUGGGUGGUACCAAGGCCAAUGGUACAAGAAAAACAGCUUCGCUGGCUGGAAGCACGUUCUAGGUGUAUUAAACUACACCGUGGCUGGAAGAAGGUUGAUCGUGUGCAAGGCCUUGAUUGUGUGUGACACUGGUAUCGGUGCUGAACACGAAUAUUAUAAUUACCCGGGUUACCGUUUUCUUCCAUAGUUAACAGGCCAGCGUAGUACUACCCUUUAGCAACAACCGAUACAAAGCGAUUGAUUCAGUCUCUGAGUCUCAUUACUGGAUAUCUUAUUAAUAAUUCUUGAGCAUUUCCAGAAUAAACUCGAAUUGUUAUA